AUGGACGGGUUUGAUGAAUCUAAAAUGAAACAACUUCAAUUAUUAAAAGAAAAAAUGAAAACAGCAAAAGCUCAAAAAUCGGAUGAAGUUAAGAAAAAUGAAGAAAAAUUCUCUCACGAUGUGAAAAAUGUAAGAUCAUUUGAAAGUAAAGAUAUUAGAUUUAAUAAAACAGGGAAAAAAUUUUUUGAUAGUUUUUUUGCAAAUAAAAAAGGAUCACAUAUAAAAAAUAGAUAUCAAUUUCAACAGUCAAAAAGUAUGAAUUUUCCAUUUAAACAAAAAGGUGGAGCACUUAAAUUAACCAAUGAGGUAGAUUUAUUUGAUACUCCUUUAUCUUUUGAAGAAGUAAUGAGAAGAAAAAAUGAAAAGAAAAAAUUAGAAUUAGAAAAAAAUAAUCAAAUUAAUACUAACGAUUCAAUAAAUAUGAAACAGUUAAGUUUAAACGAAGUUAAAAAUGAAAAAAAUAUUUCAGACAUUAUUGAAAGAAGUAGAAGUGAUAAUAAUGUUGAAAAGAAUCAGGAUAAUAAUGAAAUUAUUAAAAAUGAUAUAGCACUUAGUAAUGAAGUUGUUAAGAAUAAUCAGUUGUUAAAUGAUGGACUUGUUAAAAAUUCUCAAUCAUUAAAUAUUGAAUUUAUAAGAAAUUCUCAAUCUCUAAAUAUUGAUACUUUUAAAAGUUAUUUCACACAAAAUAUUUCACAAAAUGAAAACCUAUUGAAAGAAAAAUCUCUGAAUAAUACAUUUCCGUUUUCUAGGAACGGAAUAAAUGAAAAUUGUAAAAAUAAUUUAAAUAACAUAUUAGAUAAUUCUUCUACUAAUGAAAUGGAAAAUAGCAAUAUUUUUUCAGAUGAUAUAAAAAAAUUGAGCAUUCGAACUGAUGAAUCAUUAAUUAAAAAUAUGAUAAACACUGAUCUAAGUAAUGAUCAAGUAAUUACCGAAGAAAAAAGCCAAAACUUGCCUAUUACAAAUAGUUAUAUUGCAUGUAACAUACCUAAUAUAAAUAGAUUUAAUGUGAAUGAUACUAAUCAAACAAAUAAUUCUAAUAAUAAUUUGAAUGUUAAUUUGAUGAAACCAUCUAAUGAUCUAUUAAACUCUAAUAGUUUAAUAAAUGAUAAUAAUGAAAUACUUAGCCAAAUUAGAAAUAAGUUUAAUAAUUUAAAUAAUUCAAAUAAUUUGAAUAAUAUAAAUAAUUUUAAUAGUACAAGUAAUACAAAUUUAAAUGAAGUAAAUAAUUUAAAUAAAAACGAAAUAAAUAAUAAUUUAAAUAAUAUUCUAAGUAAUGUAACAGAUGAAAAUAAUAAUAUAAACAAUAAUAUAAUUUUUAUGAAUACGAGUAUCAAAAGUAAUAUAUUUAAUAAUGUGAGUGAUAGUAAUAAAAUUUUUGAUAAUAGAAGUGAUAGUAACAAAUUUCCUAAUGAAAUUUGUAAUGGUAACAACAUUUUUAAUUAUGUAAAUAAUUCUAGUAAAUUUUUUAAUAAUACAAAUAAUGAUAGUAAAAUUUUUAAUAAUACAAAUAAUGAUAGUAAAAUGUUUAAUAAUAUAAAUAAUGAUGGCAAAAUUUUUAAUAAUAUAAAUAAUGAUAGCAAAAUAUUUAAUAAUACAAAUAAUGAUAGCAAAAUAUUUAAUAAUACAAAUAAUGAUAGUAAAAUUUUUAAUAAUACAAAUAAUGAUAGUAAAAUGUUUAAUAAUACAAAUAAUGAUAGUAAAAUAUUUAGUAAUACAAAUAAUGAUGGCAAAAUUUUUAAUAAUAUAAAUAAUGAUAGCAAAAUAUUUAAUAAUACAAAUAAUGAUAGCAAAAUAUUUAAUAAUACAAAUAAUGAUAGUAAAAUGUUUAAUAAUACAAAUAAUGAUAGCAAACUUUUUAAUAAUAUAAAUAAUGAUAGUAAAAUAUUUAAUAAUACAAAUAAUGAUAGUAAAAUUUUUAAUAAUACAAAUAAUGAUAGUAAAAUGUUUAAUAAUAUAAAUAAUGAUGGCAAAAUUUUUAAUAAUACAAAUAAUAAUAGUAAAAUUUUUAAUAAUACAAAUAAUGAUAGUAAAAUGUUUAAUAAUACAAAUAAUGAUAGUAAAAUAUUUAGUAAUACAAAUAAUGAUAGUAAAUUUUUCAAUAAUAUAAGUAACGGUAAUAAAAUUUUUAAUAACAAGAAUAAUAAUAAUUUUAAUAAUAUAAAUAAUGAUUUAAACUUUAAAAGUGGAAUUUUUAGUAGUACUAAUAAUAUCAAUGAUAUUUUGAAUAAUACAAACAAAAAAAUGUCAAAUUUUAGUGAAAAUAUAAUAAAUACUAAUAAUAAAUUAAUAAAUGAUAGUUACACAAGCAAAACAGAAGUUAUAAAUAGUGAAAGUAGUGUUUUUAAUAAAAAUUUUAACGAAAAUAUAAAUAGUUCUUUGAAAUCUAACGAUAUAAAAACAGAAAGUGUUAUUAAUAUUAAUAAUGAUUUAAAUUCUAGAAUUUUGAAAUUUAAAAACACAUUAUCCAAUAUAAAAAACUUGAAAAAUAAUUUUUUAAAAAAAAAUAAACAAGACAAUAUAACUGCUAAACCUGGUAUCGAAAAAACAUGUUUAAAUAAUAUCAGUAAAAUUAAUACAGUGAUAAAAAAUGAUAGUAAAAAUGAGUUUGUUAACAAUAAUACAAGCAAUUCAAAAAUUUUUGAUAAUGUUUCAAAUAGUGUUAUUAAUAAUAGUGAUCCUAAUAAAGAUACCAUUAUUAAUAACAGUAAUAUGAAUAUUAACUUAUCAAAUAAUACUAUAAAUAAUUUGCAAAAUAAUAUAUCUGAGAAAUUUCAAAAUAAUUUAUGUGAAACCUUUGAUUUAAAUAAAAAAAGUGAAAAUACAAAUGCUAAUAACAUUCCUGAUAAAAAAACAAAUUAUUUGAAUAAAAUAAAUCCUUCAAUUUUUUCUAAUCAAAAUGAGGAUGUUUUAAAAAAUGAAAAUACAAAAUCACUUACUUUAGACAGCAAUAAAAACUCAACAUAUUUUACGCUAAAAGAAAAUGCAAAUAUAAAUACGAAAAAUAGUGCUUUAAACAAUAUUCAUGCAAGUAACAGCCAACUAAAAAAUAUAAGCAGCAGAAAUAUAAAUAAGUACAAUGAUAUCAAUAGUGUGAAUAAAAAAUUAAAUGAUUCUCUUAAUAGUAAUGUGAAUAAUAUUAACGAGCAAAUAAAUAAUAACAAUAAUGUUGGCAAUAUUAAUAAAAAUAUAGAUAAUAAUACUAAUGGAAACAUAAGUAUUGUUGACAAAAAUUUAAAUAAUAAUAUAAAUAGCAUUAAUGAAAAAUUAAAUAAUAUUAAAGAUAAUAGAAAUAAUAUAAAUAAAAACAUUAUUAAUAUCAAUGAUGCGUUAUGUAAUCAAAACGAAUUUAAACCUAGCUCUACUACAUUUAUUAAUUUAAAUAAGUUAAAUAAUGAAGAUUUUCAAGUACAAUUAAAGAAAGAAAAUAAAAUAUUAAAUAAUUUGAAUGAUGAAAAUAUUAAAAUGAAUGGUAUCAAUGAGAAAGAAAUUAUCGAUAACAAUUUAUUUAAUGUAAAAAAUAAUUCAUCUGAUGGUGAUUAUAGAAAAACAGAAAAUUCAUCUAAUGAAUAUAAAAAUGAAAAUAAUUUAAUUUUAGGUUUUACCAACUUGCAUAAAGAUAGUGAAAGUAAAGUGAACUAUAAUUUAACUAAUAAUAUUCCUAUUAAUAAUCCAUGUAAAGAUAGUGAACGUAUCAUUAUGUCAAAUGAAGAAAAUGCAAAAACAUCAAAUGAAGAAAAUACAAAAAUAUCAAAUGAAGAAAAUAUAAAUAUAUCAAAUGAAGAAAAUAUAAAUAUGCCAAAUGAAGAAAAUACAAAAAUAUCAAAUGAAGAAAAUAUAAAUAUGCCAAAUGAAGAAAAUACAAAAAUAUCAAAUGAAGAAAAUAUAAAUAUGCCAAAUGAAGAAAAUACAAAAAUAUCAAAUGAAGAAAAUAUAAAAAUAUCAAAUGAAGAAAAUAUGAAUAGUAUUUUCAAUGAAUGCAAAAAAAAAAAAAAAAAUAAUGAUAUUUUUGAUAUUUUCCACGGAAAUUCCAGUGAUAAUUUAUUAAAUAUAAGUUCAGAACAUUUUGAGAAUAAAGAAGAUUUUGAAAAAUUCAAUCAAAUUUAUAAAAAUAUAAGUUGCAUAAAUAAAAAUAUAAGCUAUAUAAACAAGUAUGUCCCAUCAACUAUAGAAAAUGUAAAUACAUUUAUAGAAGAAAAUAUUAAUUGUGCUAAAAAUUAUGAUACUCUGUCUCUAGCAAAUCAAAUUUUUUUAGAUAAAAUAAAAAACUCUGAUAAUUCAAUUGAAACUAAUAAUGAAUUAAAAUCAUUUAUGCAAAAUUUGAAUAAAAAAAUUAUGAAAAAUAUUGAAUCUUAUAAAGAAAAUAAUAAAGUUAUCAAUAAUUUGUGUAAAGAAACAAAUAGUAAUAUCAAUAAUAGUAAGAUAGAUUUAGGUAACGAAAUUGGUAAUAAUUUAUCAAAAAGUAUAAAUUUUCUAGAAAGCGGAAAUAUAAACAUAAAUAUGUUAAGCUCUGUUGAAAAAUUAAAAUUAUUAAAUGAAACGUCAAAAGAACUUUCUAGUAAUGAAGAAAAUGAUGCUAAUGAAAAAAUUCCUGACCAUGUGCAAAAAAUUAUACAAAGAAGAGAAUAUUUUAAGACAAAAAGUAAAGUUCAAAAAAAUGAAAAUAAAAGAAUUGUUUUAAAAAAAAUUAAACCUUUUGUUUCUUCUGAAUGUAGUGAAUCAUUUAGAAAUACAUUUUAUACAAAUGAAAAUAAUAAAAACAACAUUUUUUCUUUAAAAAAUUUAAGUAAUAUGAAUAUAAUAAAUCAUAUCCCCAGUAAAAAUAACAAUAAUAACACUCAUACUUUUAACCAAGAAGUCAUUCUUACAAGUAAUCAAAACUCAAAAAUUCACGAAAACUUUAAUAGUGUAUCUAAUAUAUCAUUAUCUAACAACGAUGACAAUGAUAUUUCAAUAGAAAAUAAGUUGAAAAAUAGUGAAGCAAAUAUAGGAAAUUAUAAUAAAGAUGUCAGUAGUAUUUUUAAUAAUACAAAUAUUAUGCAUAAGCAAAAUGUAAGUGUAAAUAUUAUAAAUGAUUCGAAUAAUAAUAAAAUAAAUUUUAAUUCUGAAGAUAACACAGAUAAAAAUUUUAAUAAUUCAAAUAGUAAUUAUAUGAUUGAUGAAUUAAAAAGAAGUGAAAUUUUGUUAAAAAUGGAAAAGGAAAUAAACAGUGAAUCAGAUUUCAUUUCUAACAUUUAUAAAUGUAUAGGUAAAAAUGAUUUUAUUUGCAGUAACCAAGAAAAUGAAAGUCCUUGUGAUGAUAACAGUGAAAUAAUAAAAAAAAGAAAACAUAAUUAUAUCAAUAAUUCAUGUGAUAAUGAACUUAUUUCUACUGAUAAUUUAGAAAAUGAAAAGGAAGAUGAAAAUAAUUCACAUAAAAAAAUAAAAUUAGAAUCAAAUUUAGAAAGUAAUAAAAAAGAAAAUAAUUUAUUAGAAAAUCAAAACGCUCAAAUACCAUCAGAUGAAAGUAGAUAUAUUCAUAUAUCCAAUUAUGUAGAUGAUAUUAAAAAUUCUAAAACAUUAUCAGAUAUUUCUGUAGCAUUAACUAAAUAUACAUUAGAAAGUGAAAAAAUUCUUUGUGGCAUAGUUAAUGAAAAUUUUAAUAUAUCAGUAAAGAUAUCAUCUUUGAAUGAUUUACCAUUUUUAUUUGAAGAACUUCCAUAA